GCUGUCCCGAGAAAAGCAACCUUUGUCAACCAAAUCGCAUCAUCUUCGGUUUAUUUGUAGCGUGAGAGCAUUGGGUGAGAGCAUUCGGUUUUCAGAAAUAACAUCUACCCCCUCCCGCGUCGACCUUGACAUGGCUCCUCCCAUACCGCCACAGUUAUGAAGACAAUACUUGCUGCCUACUCCCAUGUCCUAAAAGGCACCGACUCCAGCAUCCUCUCUGCGCUGCAGGACCUGCCCUCCACUCCUUGGCUGGCUCUGCGAUCCAAGAUGGAGAAACACCUUCAGGCCAUCUCAGUUCUACAGUGGCUCAUCACCUUCCUCGUCAUGGGCGCAGCCUGCACUGUGCUGUUGAUUUAUUUGUUCUGCACAGACCUUUGGGUGAUCGCUGCCAUGUACACUGCUUGGCUGGUCUUUGACUGGAACACCCCAAAACAAGGUGGCAGGAGGUCCGCUUGGGUGAGAAACUGGACAGUGUGGACUUACUACAGAGACUACUUCCCCAUCCGGCUCAUCAAGACACAAAACCUGCUGCCCAGCCGGAACUACAUCUUUGGCUACCACCCCCAUGGGAUCUUCUCCUUUGGAGCCUUUUGUAACUUCGGGACAGAGGCCACUGGAUUCUCAAAGAAGUUCCCGGGCAUCAAGCCUUCACUUGUUACACUAGAUGGAAACUUCCGAAUGCCAGUCUUUAGAGAAUAUCUCAUGUGUGGAGGUAUCUGUCCGGUGAACCGUAACUCCAUUGACUACCUCCUGUCUCAAAAUGGAACUGGAAAUGCAGUGGUCAUCGUAGUAGGGGGAGCAGCUGAAUCUUUAAACUGUGCACCAGGCAUAAACUCUGUCACCCUGAAGAACCGGAAGGGCUUUGUGAGGCUAGCCCUCCAGCAAGGGUCUGACCUGGUACCGGUCUACUCCUUUGGGGAGAACAAUGUGUACAAGCAGGUAAUCUUUGAGGAGGGAACCUGGUGGCGUCUGGCUCAGAAGAAGCUGCAGAAGAUUCUGGGCUUUGCUCCUUGUCUGUUCCAUGGCUGUGGCUUCUUUUCCUCCGACACCUGGGGAAUGGUGCCGUACAAUAAACCCAUCACUACUGUCGUGGGUGAACCAAUCACAGUACCAAAGAUUGAGCAGCCUCCUCAGGAUAUGGUGGACCUAUACCAUGCCAUGUACAUCAGGUCCCUCGGGAAUCUCUUUGACAAGCAUAAGACCCGCUUCGGCCUGAAGGAGAGUGACAUCCUGCACAUCCAAUGAGAAAAGAGAUAGGGGCCUUUUGAAACCUCAGAACUAAGAAAGCUUUGGCAGCUGUUUAUUCAGCCCUGCCACCUCUCUUCACGUGCCUGGCUGUGACUGUCCCAGACUUCAGUUUAUAUACGUAAUAUGAGUCUGUAUGAAACUCACCACUCUCUGCAUUAUUCUGUAAAUGCUCAUGUCCCUCCUCCAUUUAGGGUGAAUAUGAAAGGUUUUAGGUUUCUUUACUCUUCUCUCUAGUGUGAGUCGCUGUCAACGGGGAAGCCGACUGAUUUACAUUUAAAAAAACGACAUCUCUUCAGCGUGUAACACAUCUAUAGAUGUUUCAUCCAUGACGGGAGAGAUAAGGGAGUAUAGUUUGAUUAAAUGUACAGUCGCUUGUUUUCAUGUGAAUUGGAACUUCCACUAGGUGGCACUAGAAGGUUACACAAAACAAUCACUGUGAUUGUUUCUCUAAUGUAUCCAUCCACGAUGCGUCGUGCCUAAGAACAGCUCUUAGCCUUGGUAAAUUGGCCAUACACCACACCCCUUAGUGCCUUAUUGCUUAAACAUGGGAUGUUGUUUUGAGUCCUUUGUUUUAUUUCCUUUAUUUACUAAUUGCCUCACCAAAACAUUGUGUGUUUUAUCAAAGCAAAAUAAUCUGAUCCUCCCCACACAUGACCACUACAUUUACACUUGAAGGUGAAAGAAUUGAAUGAAAUGGAUUUAGAUUGUGCACAUACUGUAGGUAAUGCAAAAUGUACAUAUGAUUGUAUGAUCACACUAAGUAUUCAUUGUAUCAUUUUUUUUAAAUCCUUUUCCUUAUCUUAAUUCAACUCUUCUGUCUGUUUGAGCUUGUGUUUCUUAACAUCUUCUUUAUGCGCAUAUUUUUGUGGUCUGUUUGACAUUUUGUCUAGAAUAACAGUUUGUCUAGAUUUACCGGUGAUAUGUAGCAUCUGCAUCCCCAUUCGCCACGGUAACAGGUAGGCCAUUGGUUGGAGCAUCAGAACGGUAAACAAAACCUUUGAAUCCCUGAGUCAAACAGGUCAAGAUAUCUGUUGUUGUGCCCCUGAGCAAGGCACUUUAGCCUAAUUUGUUCCUGUAAAUUGCACUGGAGAAGAUUGUCUGGUAAAUUACAAUUUGGAUUUAGAUCUGUAGUUAUGUAGUUUUGUUUUGUAGUAGCAUAUACAGCUUUCUUUUAAAUAAUGUAGUGUCUGAACAUUCGACCAAAUGGUGUUAACAAGCGAUUGAAGCCUACCUGUGUAUUUUGCCUAGUGAUGUGUUCACUGGGGAAUUUUGGCCAUCAUGGGUUUUUUGUCUUUCAGUAAAAACAAUAUGCUAUUA